GGGCUCUUUAAUCUCAUUCAUCAUCCACAUGGUUCCACUUGAUGGAUCAAAAUGUGUGAUUUAUCAGGUUAGAAGAACUUACCAUGGUUAUACCCGUUCCCUUAUUUCAGGCGUGCUUCCGGCAAGAAUAAUAGGUUCAAUUGCCGUAAGAAAAGAAUGGCCAUUUGAGUAACAAAUUUAACAUCGCAGGAUGGUCCCAAGACUUCCAACUCGAAAAAAAAACCGUGCCAACUAGGAGGAUGGGCAGUAGCUGCCUCUCCAGCGUUGCGAUCUUCACGUGAAGCCUUUCAGGGCUUUCUCUUCUCCCUUCUCUAUAAACACCUCCAAUCUCUACACUCCCCACACACCCAUCUCUCCGUAUCUAGAGAGGCAGCAGCAGCAGCAGCAGCAGCCAAGGAGAGAUCAUCGAGAGUCCCCAUGACCAUGGACUCCUCCAAGCGCUCGGCCCUCCUCCUAACCCUCAUGCUCUUUAUUUCCUCCCUCGCCCCCAUUGUUGCCGGUGGCCGUUGCCCAGACCCCCCCACCACCAAGCCCAGGCCUCCCAAGUCCAAGCACCACAAAACAAAGCCCCCCAAAGCAAAGACCCCCAAAGCAAAGCCCCCCAAGGGACACAUCACCCACCCCCCCAUCAUCGUCAAACCGCCCAUCACCUAUCCCCCGGUAGUCAGGCAUCCUCCCUCCACUCCCCCAGCCCCCAUCAUCGUCAAACCGCCCAUCACCUAUCCCCCGGUAGUCAGGCCUCCUCCCUCCACUCCCCCAGGGACAGGAAACACGCCGUGCCCUCCACCACCUCCUCCGGCACCGGCGACAUGCCCGGCGGACUCCCUGAAGCUUGGCGCUUGUGUCGACCUGCUUGGUGGGCUGGUGCACAUUGGCAUCGGCGACCCGGUCGCCAACCAGUGCUGCCCGCUGCUCCAAGGCCUCGUCGAGAUCGAGGCUGCUGUGUGCUUGUGCACCACCAUUAAGCUCAAGCUGCUCAACAUUAAUAUCUACCUCCCACUUGCGCUCCAGCUCCUUCUCACCUGCGGCAAGACUCCUCCUCCUGGUUACACCUGCACCAUUUAAACAAGGGAGUGGUUGGGGUGUUAAGUGUUAACCCAAUGACUAACGAGUAGAAGAGAUUUGCUUGUUUGAUUGGUGAUGAGACAUAAGAGGAUGUUCAAGUCCCUGAUGUUCUCCUGCUGCUGUUUUUACGUACGCUAGUUGUGUUGUGCGAUUUAUAUUCAAGGCAAUCUGUCUCAUUGUUUUCCUCUCGAAACCAAAUGUAGUUUGUUUUGAUUCUUGGAGUGGAUGUCUUUCCUUCUAUUUAUUUCUUUCUUUCUUUCUUGCACGGUGAAGUCCGCAUGAUGAAUGAAUCGAUGCUUGCUUUCAA